CUCAUAUAGCUAACAUCUACCGUCAGAUCUUCUUCUGAGCAUGGUUAAGAUGUGGAAACCCUAGUUCACUACAGUCCCUUUCUCUGUUCUUCUCUUAUCUCUCAUGCUGAAAUGAGAGUCUCGUAAUCAGUUUUUGAGUGAGUAAAUGCACACGCGACAUAGAGAGAGAAUUAGAGGCUUUGUAUCUCUCUCUCUCUGAUUAGUAAUUAUAAUCGCUAGGGGGAAUUUGCUUUACUUUUCAUGGUGUUCUUAUUGGUCUAUUCUGAAAGUCGACUAGAACCAAGAGAAGUUUAUACUCUCCAUUUGUAUCUUCAUUUUCGGCCAAAAAUCUCUAGAUCUAGCGUCCAUCUUGUAUAUUUCAGCUUAGAUGCAGCAAAAAAAGAGAAACUUUUUUUUUUGAACUUCAAAAUCUGUACUUCUAUCUUCCUUCACGCUCAAUAAAUUCUACAUAGUAUAGUAGUUGAUAAGUAGCUUUCUGCGUAUCUCACCCCAAAAAAGUCACUUAUAUUUUGGGGAAGAGCCGUGUUAGUUGAAGAUCGGGUUAGCUAGGGUUAAAACAGCCCAGAUGCGUUCAUUUCAGAGUAUGCUGAAUUACUUCCCCGAGGAAGUAUUAGAGCAUAUAUUUGACUUUUUGACAUCGCAUCGGGACCGAAAUGCGGUGUCUUUGGUGUGCAAGUCAUGGUUUGCGGUCGAGAGAUUAAGCAGAGAGAAGGUUUUCAUAGGCAAUUGCUAUGCCAUCAGCCCGGAGAGGUUGAUUGCGAGGUUCCCUAGGGUUCGGUCGUUGACCCUCAAAGGGAAGCCCCAUUUUGCGGACUUCAACUUGGUCCCCCACGAUUGGGGCGGUUUCGUGCAGCCCUGGAUCGAGUCCAUGGUGAAAGACGGUGUGAAUCUGGAGGAGCUCAGGUUGAAGAGGAUGUUGGUUUCUGAUGAAAGCCUCGAGCUGCUUUCAAAAUUUUUUCCCAAUUUCAAGUCUUUGGUUUUGGUCAGCUGUGAUGGAUUCAGCACGGAUGGCCUUGCUGCCAUUGCAUCCAAUUGCAGGUUUCUUAGGGAGCUGGACUUGCAAGAAAAUGAAGUUGAGGAUCGGAGGGGGCAGUGGCUUAGCUGCUUUCCUGACAGCUGCACUUCUCUCGUCUCUUUGAAUUUUGCAUGCCUCAAAGGAGAAGUUAAUUUAGCGGCUCUCGAGAGAUUGGUUGCAAGAUGCCGUAAUCUUAGGAGUCUGAGAGUUAACCAUACAGUGCCUCUUGAUGCUCUCCAGAGAAUUUUAUUGCAGGCUCCUCAACUGGUAGAUUUAGGUACUGGGUCAUUUGUCCACGAUCCCGAGACAUGUAACAAAUUAGAAACUGGUAUGCCGAAGUGUACCUCAAUCACAAGCUUGUCAGGGUUCUUGGAGGUUGCUGCAUGCUGCUUGCCUGCCGUUUACACAAUUUGCAGUCACUUGACUUCGUUGAAUCUGAGCUAUGCUCCGGGGAUCUUUAGUAAGGAGCUUGUAAAGUUGAUUUGCCACUGCAACAAAUUAGAGCGCCUAUUGGUUUUAGAUACCAUUGGAGAUGAAGGGCUCGGAGUUGUGGCCUUGACUUGUAAAGAACUGCAGGAACUGAGGGUCUUCCCAUCUGAUCCAUAUGGUGUUGGCAAUGCAGUUGUAACUGAAGAAGGAUUAGUUGCAAUAUCAGCUGGUUGUCGCAAACUUGAUUCGAUUCUCUAUUUCUGUCAGCAGAUGACCAAUGCUGCACUCAUUAUGGUUGCCAAAAAUUGCCCCAAUUUCAUUCGCUUCCGAUUGUGCACGCUUAACCCAACUGUACCAGAUGCUGUAACAAUGCAGCCAUUAGAUGAAGGCUUUGGGGCAAUUGUCAAGUCAUGCAAGGGUCUUAAGCGACUGUCUGUCUCUGGCCUCCUGACUGAUCUACUUUUCCAUUACAUUGGAAGGUAUGCAGAGCAGCUUGAAAUGCUUUCAAUUGCCUUUGCUGGGAAUAGUGACCAGGGAAUGCUUUAUGUGCUGAAUGGAUGCAAGAAGCUCAAGAAGCUGGAGAUCAGAGAUAGCCCCUUCGGUAAUGAGGCACUUCUAGCGGACGUGGGGAAGUAUGAAACAAUGCGAUCCCUUUGGAUGUCGUCCUGUGAAGUGACCCUCGGAGCUUGCAAAACCCUUGCCCAGAAGAUGCCGAGGCUCAAUGUUGAGGUCAUUAAUGAAAGUGGUGGUGACCAAACGGAGGCUAGUGUUGAUGAUAAAGUAGAGAAAAUGUACUUGUAUCGGACAUUGGUUGGGCCCCGGAAAGAUGCACCUGAUUUUGUAUGGACAUUGUAGAUGGAUCACCCGCCAAUUCUUCUUUGUAUCAUUUAGCUGUAUUUUGUUUAGAUGGGGUUUGUGGUUAACUAGUACUUUAUUCUAUUAAUUUAAACCUGUGUUAUGUAACUUAUGUUUAUAUUUUGACCCAUUUUCAGUGCUGUCUUAAAAUUCU